CCCUCCUCGUGGGCGCGAUCCGCGGCCCCUCCUCGCCUGCAAGGCAAGCGGAUUCAGGCACUGUCAGGAAAGGAAUUGGCAGCAAAGCCAGGAGAACCUUCGAGUCCUGUUGGCAGCAGAGAUGGAGAAGAGAGUGAAGGCGGAAGAAUUUCCUGGCCCUGAAGCAGGAAGAGGCUCGGGUAUCAUCCAGGAAGGGAGCAGUGCAGAGGCCUGGGAAAGAAGAGUGCAGGAGAACCAGUCUGGGAGCAGCACCUGCUCAGACACGGAGCGCCAGGGCUUCAGGGACUUCUGCUACCAGGAGGCCAAAGGACCCCGAGAGGUUUGCAGCCGACUCCACCACCUUUGCCGCCAGUGGCUGAAGCCAGAAAGGAACACGAAAGCUGAGAUGCUGGACCUGGUGGUCCUGGAGCAGUUCCUGGCUGUCCUGCCCCCGGAAAUAGAGAGCUGGGUCAGAGAAUGUGGAGCGGAGACCAGUUCCCAGGCGGUGGCCCUGACAGAAGGCUUCCUCUUGAGCCAGGCAGAGGACAAAGAGCAGCUGCAGGGGAAGUUGGCCAAGGCGCCCACAGAUUUCCCUGAGGCAGAGAAGGCUCCGCUGGACAGAGGGAUCUUGGAAGAGGGUGACGGAGGACCCUCCUCACUGGGGAGCAGAAAAGCCCACAGAGAGAGUGAACUGAUCCUGAGGGACCCUUCUAGGCCUCCUUCGCUUUGUGGUGGAGUGGAAGCGGUUCCUGCGCAGCCUGGGCAGGUUCCGGUAACUUUUGAGGAGGUGUCCGUGCAUUUCUCAGAGGAGGAGUGGGCUCUGCUGGAUCCAGGCCAAAGGACUCUGCACAAGGAAGUCAUGGAGGAGAAUCGUGGGAUCCUGGCCUCUCUGGCACAGUCCUUGCCUCAAGAGAGAAGGUGGCAGCGAAGGAAGAGUUUUCGAGUCCAAGUGGAAGCAGAGAUGGAGAAGAGAGAAAAGAUGAAAGAGCAAAACUUUGCUGGCCUUGAGGCAGGAAAAGCUGCCUGCAUCACCCAGGAAGGGAGCAGUGCAGAGCUCUGGAAAAGAAGAGUCCAGGAGAACCUCUCUGGGAACAACACCAGCUCAGAUGUAGAGUGUCAUCACUUCAGGGACUUCUACUACCAGGAGGCCAAGGGGCUGCGAGAGGUUUGCAGCCAUCUCCACCGCCUUUGCCGCCUUUGGCUGAAGCCGGAAAGGAACACGAAAGCUCAGAUGCUGGACUUGGUGGUCUUGGAGCAGUUCUUGGCUGUCCUGCCCCCGGAGAUGGUGAGCUGGGUCAGAGAAUGUGGAGCGGAGACCAGUUCCCAGGCGGUGGCCCUGGCAGAAGGCUUCCUCCUGAGCCAGGCGGAGGACAAAGAGCAGGUCCAGGGGAUGUUGGCCAGAGCACCCACAGAUUUCCCAGAGGCUGAGAAGGCUCCACCGGGCAUCACACAGAGGCCGCUGGACGGAUGGAUCUUGCAGGAGGGUGACGUAGGACCUUCCUCAUUGGGGAGCAGAAAAGCCUGCAGAGAAAGUGAACUGAUCCUGGGGGAUCCUUCUAGGCCUCCUUCGCUUGGUGGUGGAGCAGAAGCGGUUUCUGCACAGCCUGGGCAGGGUCCGGUGACCUUUGAGGAGGUGGCCGUGCAUUUCUCGGAGGAGGAGUGGGCUCUGCUGGAUCCAGGCCAGAGAACUCUGCACAAAGAAGUCAUGGAGGAGAAUCGUGGGAUCCUGGCCUCUCUGGGUGAUCGCAGGGAGAGCAAGGAAAAUGGCAUAUGCCAGAGAAGGAAAAUGGAAACUGAAGACAAGUGGGGAAUCAAAUCCAUUUCUUGGGAAGCGUCAGACAUGUGUGAAAUUCCAACACUAGAAGAACCAAGUAUUUUGAACAUUCACAAUAGGAAGACACAGAGGAAAAGAUCUCAGGAUAUAAAGACUGAGAAGAUUCACCUUACCAAAUGUCAACCAUUUCACACAGAAGAGAAAAGAUUUCAGUACUUGCAAAAAAUAAUACGCUCCAGAGAUAAGCCCUAUAAAUGCCUAGAGUGCGGAAAGAGCUUUGGUCACAGCAGCCACCUUAAGCGACAUCAACGAAUUCAUGCAGGGGAAAAGCCCUAUGAAUGCCUGGAGUACGGAAAGAGCUUCGGACACAGCAGCCACCUUAAUGGCCAUCAAAGAAUUCAUACAGGGGAGAAGCCCUAUGUAUGCCUGGAGUGCGGAAAGAGCUUUACUCGCAGCACGAACCUUACGCAACAUCAACUAAUUCAUACAGGGGAGAAGCCCUACAAAUGCCUAGAGUGCGGAAAGAGCUUCAAUCAGAGCGGAUACCUUAGGUAUCAUCAAAGUACUCACACAGGGCAGAAGCCCUAUGAAUGCCUAGAGUGCGGAAAGAGCUUCGGUUACAGCAGCUGCCUAAAUCAACAUCGAAGAAUUCAUACAGGGGAGAAGCCAUAUGGAUGCCUGGAGUGUGGAAAGAGCUUUGCUUGCAGCUCAAACCUUAAAAAACAUCAAAAUAUUCAUACAAGGGAGAAGACCUAUGAAUGCCUAGAGUGCGGAAAGAGCUUCAGUGACAGCAGCCGCCUUAAUCGACAUCGAAGAAUUCAUACAGGGGAGAAGCCCUAUGGAUGCCUGGAGUGUGGAAAGAGCUUUGCUUACAGCACAGACCUUAAGCAACAUCAAAGAAUUCACAGAAGCGAGAAGCCAUGAAAGUUUCAAUGCUUAGUGUGUGAAAAACAAUUCACUUUCAACUCACAACUUAACUUGCAUCAAAGAAUUCACACUGGGGAGAAGCCCUAUAAAUGCUUAGAAUGCGGGAAGAGCUUUGCUCACAGCAUAAGCCUUAAGCUGCAUCAAAGAAUUCACACUGGGGAGAAGCCUUAUAAAUGCUUUGAGUGUGGGAAGACAUUUGCUCGGAGUUCACACCUUAAGCGGCAUCAAGGAAUUCACACUGGGGAGAAGCCCUAUAAAUGUUUAGAGUGCGGGAAGACCUUUGCUCACAGCACACAGCUUAAGCUGCAUCAAAGAAUUCACACUGGGGAGAAGCCCUAUAAAUGCUUAGAGUGCGGGAAGAUCUUUGCUCACAGCACACAGCUUAAGCUGCAUCAAAGAAUUCACACUGGGGAGAAGCCCUAUAAAUGCUUAGAAUGCGGGAAGACCUUUGCUCUGAGCUCACGCCUUAAGCGGCAUCAACAAAUUCACACUGGGGAGAAGCCCUAUAAAUGCUUAGAAUGCGGGAAGAGCUUUGCUCAAACAGCGAGCUUUAAACGGCAUCAGGGAAUUCACACUGGGGAGAAGCCCUAUAAAUGCUUCGAAUGCGGGAAGAGCUUUGCUCGGAGCUCAAAUCUUAAGGAACAUCAAAGAAUUCACUCUGGGAAGGAACCCUAUAAAUGCUUAGAAUGCGGGAAGAGCUUUGCUCACAGUACAAGCCUUAAGCUGCAUCAAAGAAUUCACACUGGGGAGAAGCCCUAUAAAUGCUUAGAAUGCGGGAAGAGCUUUGCUCACAGCACAAGACUUAAGCUGCAUCAAGGAAUUCAUGCUGGUGAGAAGCCCUAUAAAUGCUUAGAAUGCGGGAAGAGCUUUGCUCACAGCACACGCUUUAAGCUGCACCAAGGAAUUCAUACUGGGGAGAAGCCCUAUAAAUGCUUUGAAUGCGGGAAGAGCUUUGCUCACAGUACAAGCCUUAAGCUGCAUCAAAGAAUUCACACUGGGGAGAAGCCCUAUAAAUGCUUAGAAUGCGGGAAGAGCUUUGCUCACAGCACAAGCCUUAAGCUGCAUCAAGGAAUUCAUACUGGGGAGAAGCCCUAUAAAUGCUUAGAAUGCGGGAAGAGCUUUGUUCUGAGCACACAACUUAAGCUGCAUCAAAGAUUUCACACUGGGGAGAAGCCCUAUAAAUGCUUUGAAUGCGGGAAGAGCUUUGCUCAGAGCACACAGCUUAAGCGGCAUCAAAGAAUUCACACUGGGGAGAAACCCUAUAAAUGCUUAGAAUGCGGGAAGAGCUUUGUUCUGAGCUCAAACCUUAAGCUGCAUCAAAGAAUUCACACUGGGGAGAAGCCCUAUAAAUGCUUAGAAUGCGGGAAGAGCUUUGCUCACAGCACAAGCCUUAAGCGGCAUCAAGGAAUUCAUACUGGGGAGAAGCCCUAUGAAUGCUUAGAAUGUGGGAAGAGCUUUGUUCUGAACACACAACUUAAGCGGCAUCAGAGAAUGCACACUGGGGAGAAGCCCUAUAAAUGCUUAGAAUGCGGGAAGAGCUUUGCUCACAGCACAAGCCUUAAGAUGCAUCAAGGAAUUCACACCGAGGAGAAGCCCUAUAAAUGCUUAGAAUGCGGGAAGAGCUUUGCUUACAGCACAAGCCUUAAGCUGCAUCAAGGAAUUCACACCGGGGAGAAGCCCUAUAAAUGCUUUGAGUGUGGGAAUACCUUUGCUCAGAGCACACAGCUUAAGCAGCAUCAAGGAAUUCACACCGGGGAGAAGCCCUAUAAAUGCUUAGAAUGCGGUAAGAGCUUUGUUCUGAGCUCAAACCUUAAGCAGCAUCAGGGAAUUCACACUGGGGAGAAGCCCUAUAAAUGCUUAGAAUGCGGGAAGAGCUUUGCUCACAGCACAAGCCUUAAGCGGCAUCAAGGAAUUCAUACUGGGGAGAAGCCCUAUAAAUGCUUAGAAUGCGGGAAGACCUUUGCUCAGAGCACACAGCUUAAGCAGCAUCAAGGAAUUCACACCGGGGAGAAGCCCUAUAAAUGCUUUGACUGCGGGAAGACCUUUGCUCGGAGCACAUACCUUAAUCUCCAUCAAAGAAUUCACACUGGGGAGAAGCCCUAUAAAUGCUUUGAGUGUGGGAAGACCUUUGCUCAGAGCACACACCUUAAGCUGCAUCAAAGAAUUCACACUGGGGAGAAGCCCUAUAAAUGCUUAGAGUGCGGGAAGACCUUUGCUCACAGCACACAGCUUAAGCUGCAUCAAAGAAUUCACACUGGGGAGAAGCCCUAUAAAUGCUUAGAAUGCGGGAAGAGCUUUGCUCACAGCACAAGCCUUAAGCUGCAUCAAGGAAUUCAUACUGGGGAGAAGCCCUAUAAAUGCUUAGAAUGCGGGAAGAGCUUUGUUCUGAGCACACAACUUAAGCUGCAUCAAAGAUUUCACACUGGGGAGAAGCCCUAUAAAUGCUUCGAAUGCGGGAAGAGCUUUGCUCAGAGCACACAGCUUAAGCGGCAUCAAAGAAUUCACACUGGGGAGAAGCCCUAUAAAUGCUUAGAAUGCGGGAAGAGCUUUGUUCUGAGCUCAAACCUUAAGCUGCAUCAAAGAAUUCACACUGGGGAGAAGCCCUAUAAAUGCUUAGAAUGCGGGAACAGCUUUGCUCACAGCACAAGCCUUAAGCGGCAUCAAGGAAUUCAUACUGGGGAGAAGCCCUAUAAAUGCUUUGAGUGUGGGAAGAGCUUUGCUCAGAGCACACACCUUAAGCAGCAUCAAGGAAUUCACACUGGGGAGAAGCCCUAUAAAUGCUUAGAAUGCGGGAAGAGCUUUGCUCAGAGCACACAGCUUAAGCGGCAUCAAAGAAUUCACACUGGGGAGAAGCCCUAUAAAUGCUUAGAAUGCGGGAAGAGCUUUGUUCUGAGCUCAAACCUUAAGCUGCAUCAAAGAAUUCACACCGGGGAGAAGCCCUAUAAAUGCUUAGAAUGUGGGAAGAGCUUUGCUUACAGCACAAGCCUUAAGCUGCAUCAAGGAAUUCACACCGGGGAGAAGCCCUAUAAAUGCUUUGAGUGUGGGAAGAGCUUUGCUCAGAGCACACAGCUUAAGCAGCAUCAAGGAAUUCACACCGGGGAGAAGCCCUAUAAAUGCUUAGAAUGCGGGAAGAGCUUUGUUCUGAGCUCAAACCUUAAGCAGCAUCAGGGAAUUCACACUGGGGAGAAGCCCUAUAAAUGCUUAAAAUGCGGGAAGAGCUUUGCUCACAGCACAAGCCUUAAGCGGCAUCAAGGAAUUCAUACUGGGGAGAAGCCCUAUAAAUGCUUAGAAUGCGGGAAGACCUUUGCUCAGAGCACACAGCUUAAGCAGCAUCAACGCAUUCACACUGGGGAGAAGCCCUAUAAAUGCAUAGAGUGUGGAAAGAGCUUUUUUCAAUGCUUAGUGUGUGAAAAACAAUUCACUUUCAACUCACAACUUAACUUGCAUCAAAGAAUUCACACUGGGGAGAAGCCCUAUAAAUGUUUAGAGUGCGGGAAGACCUUUGCUCACGUCACAAAGCUUAAGCUGCAUCAAAGAAUUCACACUGGGGAGAAGCCCUAUAAAUGCUUUGAGUGUGGGAAGACCUUUGCUCUGAGCAAACACCUUAAGCAGCAUCAAGGAAUUCACACUGGGGAGAAGCCCUAUAAAUGCUUAGAAUGCGGGAAGAGCUUUGCUCACAGCAGAAGCCGUAAACUGCAUCAAAGAAUUCACACUGGGGAGAAGCCCUAUAAAUGCUUUGAGUGUGGGAAGACAUUUGCUCGGUGCUCACACCUUAAGCAGCAUCAACAAAUUCACACUGGGGAGAAGCCCUAUAAAUGUUUAGAGUGCGGGAAGACCUUUGCUCACGUCACACAGCUUAAGCUGCAUCAAAGAAUUCACACUGGGGAGAAGCCCUAUAAAUGCUUAGAGUGCGGGAAGACCUUUGCUCGGAGCUCACGCCUUAAGCAGCAUCAACGAAUUCACACUGGGGAGAAGCCCUAUAAAUGCUUAGAAUGCGGGAAGACCUUUGCUCACAGCACACAGCUUAAGCUGCAUCAAAGAAUUCACACUGGGGAGAAGCCCUAUAAAUGCUUAGAAUGUGGGAAGACCUUUGCUGUGAGCUCACGCCUUAAGCUCCAUCAACGAAUUCACACUGGGGAGAAGUCCUAUAAAUGCUUAGAAUGCGGGAAGACCUUUGCUGUGAGCUCACGCCUUAAGCUGCAUCAACGAAUUCACACUGGGGAGAAGUCCUAUAAAUGCUUAGAAUGCGGGAAAACCUUUGCUGUCAGCUCACGCCUUAAGCUGCAUCAACGAAUUCACACUGGGGAGAAGCCCUAUAAAUGCUUAGAAUGCGGGAAGAGCUUUGCUCAAACCACGAGCUUUAAACGGCAUCAAAGAAUUCACACUGGGGAGAAGCCCUAUAAAUGCUUAGAAUGCGGGAAGAGCUUUGCUCGCAGCAGAAGCCUUAAGCUGCAUCAAAGAAUUCACACUGGGGAGAAGCCUUAUAAAUGCUUAGAAUGCAGGAAGAGCUUUGUUCACAGUACAAACCUUAAGCUGCAUCAAAGAAUUCACACUGGGGAGAAGCCCUAUAAAUGCUUAGAAUGCGGGAAGGGCUUUGCUCAGAGCACACAGCUUAAGCUGCAUCAAGGAAUUCAUACUGGGGAGAAGCCCUAUAAAUGCUUAGAAUGCAGGAAGAGCUUUGUUCUGAGCACACAACUUAAGCUGCAUCAAAGAUUUCACACUGGGGAGAAGCCCUAUAAAUGCUUAGAGUGCGGGAAGAUCUUUGCUCUGAGCUCACGCCUUAAGCAGCAUCAACGAAUUCACACUGGGGAGAAGCCCUAUAAAUGCUUAGAAUGCGGGAAGACCUUUGCUCACAGCACACAGCUUAAGCUACAUCAAAGAAUUCACACUGGGGAGAAGCCCUAUAAAUGCUUAGAAUGCGGGAAGGCCUUUGCUGUGUGCUCACGCCUUAAGCUGCAUCAACGAAUUCACACUGGGGAGAAGCCCUAUAAAUGCUUAGAAUGCGGGAAGACCUUUGCUGUGAGCUCACGCCUUAAGCUGCAUCAACGAAUUCACACUGGGGAGAAGCCCUAUAAAUGCUUAGAAUGCGGGAAAACCUUUGCUGUCAGCUCACGCCUUAAGCUGCAUCAACGAAUUCACACUGGGGAGAAGCCCUAUAAAUGCUUAGAAUGCGGGAAGAGCUUUGCUCAAACCGCGAGCUUUAAACGGCAUCAAGGAAUUCAUACUGGGGAGAAGCCUUAUAAAUGCUUAGAAUGCGGGAAGAGCUUUGCUUACAGUACAAGCCUUAUGCUGCAUCAAAGAUUUCACACUGGGGAGAAGCCCUAAAAAUGCUUGGAAUGCGGGAAGAGCUUUGCUCAGAGCACACAGCUUAAGCGGCAUCAACGAAUUCACACUGGGGAGAAGCCCUAUAAAUGCUUAGAAUGCGGGAAGAGCUUUGUUCUGAGCUCAGACCUUAAGCUGCAUCAAAGAAUUCACACUGGGGAGAAGCCCUAUAAAUGCUUAGAAUGCGGGAAGAGCUUAGCUCACAGCACAAGACUUAAGCUGCAUCAAGGAAUUCACACCGGGGAGAAGCCCUAUAAAUGCUUUGAGUGUGGGAAUACCUUUGCUCAGAGCACACAGCUUAAGCAGCAUCAAGGAAUUCACACUGGGGUGAAGCCCGAUAAAUGCUUAGAAUGUGGGAAGAGCUUCACUCAGAGCGGCAGCCUUAAGGAGCAUCAAAGAAUUCACACUGGGGAGAAGCCCUAUAAAUGCUUAGAAUGCGGGAAGAGCUUUGCUCACAGCACAAGCCUUAAGCUGCAUCAAGGAAUUCACACUGGGGAAAAGCCCUAUAAAUGCUUUGAGUGUGGGAAUACCUUUGCUCAGAGCACACACCUUAAACUGCAUCAAAGAAUUCACACUGGGGAGAAGCCCUAUAAAUGCUUUGAGUGCGGAAAGACCUUUGCUCUGAACAAACACCUUAAGCGGCAUCAAGGAAUUCACACUGGGGAGAAGCCCUAUAAAUGUUUAGAGUGCGGGAACACCUUUGCUCACAGCACAAACCUUAAGCUGCAUCAAAGAAUUCACAUUGGCGAGAAGCCCUAUAACUGCUUAGAGUGCGGGAAGACCUUUGCUCACAGCACACAGCUUAAGCUGCAUCAAAGAAUUCACACUGGGGAGAAGCCCUAUAAUUGCUUAGAAUGCGGGAAGACCUUUGCUCUGAGCUCACACCUUAAGCAGCAUCAAAGAAUUCACACUGGGGAGAAGCCCUAUAAAUGUUUAGAAUGCGGGAAGAGCUUUACUCAAACCGCGAGCUUUAAGCGGCAUCAAGGAAUUCACAGUGGGGAGAAGCCCUAUAAAUGCUUAGAAUGCGGGAAGAGCUUUGCUCAGAGCACAGACCUUAAGCGGCAUCAAAGAAUUCACACUGGGGAGAAGCCCUAUAAAUGCUUUGAGUGUGGGAAGACCUUUGCUCUGAACAAACACCUUAAGCAGCAUCAGGUAAUUCACACUGGGGAGAAGCCCUAUAAAUGCUUAGAAUGCGGGAAGAGCUUUGCUCAGAGCACAGACCUUAAGCGGCAUCAAAGAAUUCACACUGGGGAGAAGCCCUAUAAAUGCUUUGACUGUGGAAAGACCUUUGCUCUGAACAAACACCUUAAGCAGCAUCAGGUAAUUCACACUGGGGAGAAGCCCUAUAAAUGCUUAGAAUGCGGGAAGAGCUUUGGUCAGAGCACAGACCUUAAGCGGCAUCAAAGAAUUCACACUGGGGAGAAGCCCUAUAAAUGCUUUGAGUGUGGAAAGACCUUUGCUCUGAACAAACACCUUAAGCAGCAUCAGGUAAUUCACACUGGGGAGAAGCCCUAUAAAUGCUUAGAAUGCGGGAAGAGCUUUGCUCACAGCACAAGCCUUAAACUGCAUCAAGGAAUUCAUACUUCGGAGAAGCCCUAUAAAUGCUUAGAAUGCGGGAAGAGCUUUGUUCUGAGCACAAAACUUAAGUGGCAUCAGAGAAUUCACACUGGGGAGAAGCCCUAUAAAUGCUUAGAAUGCGGGAAGAGCUUUGCUCAGAGCACAGACCUUAAGCAGCAUCAAGGAAUUCACACUGGGGAGAAGCCCUAUAAAUGCUUUGAGUGCGGGAAGACCUUUGCUCUGAGCUCACACCUUAAGCAGCAUCAAAGAAUUCACACUGGGGGGAAGCCCUAUAAAUGUUUAGAAUGCGGGAAGAGCUUUACUCAAACCGCGAGCUUUAAGCGGCAUCAAGGAAUUCACAGUGGGGAGAAGCCCUAUAAAUGCUUAGAAUGCGGGAAGAGCUUUGUUCAGAGCUCAAACCUUAAGCGGCAUCAAAGAAUUCACACCGGGGAGAAGCCCUAUAAAUGCUUUGAGUGCGGGAAGACCUUUUCUUGGAGCACAUACCUUAAUAUACAUCAACGAAUUCACACUGGGGAGAAGCCCUAUAAAUGCUUUGAGUGUGGGAAGACCUUUGCUCAGAGCACACAGCUUAAGCAGCAUCAACGCAUUCACACCGGGGAGAAGCCCUAUAAAUGCGUAGAGUGUGGAAAGAGCUUUGUUUGCCUCAGAAACCUUAAGAGGCAUCAAAGAAUUCACACUGGGGAGAAGCCCAAUAAAUGCUUAGUGUAGCAUUUUUAGCAUCGUAGAAUGUUAGAGUUGGAAGGGGCCUACAAGGCCAUCGAGUCCAACCCCCCUGCUCAAUGCAGGAAUCCACCCUAAAACAUACCUGAUAGAUGAUUGUCCAGCUGCCUCUUGAAGGCCUCUAGUGUGGGAGAGCCUACAACUUCACCAGGCAACUGAUUCCAUUGUCGUACUGCUCUAACAGUCAGGAAGAGAUAUGACAUCCACAGCAUUUCCACAGUCCACAAGGGAGGUUACCCAAUCAAAAAAAAUUAUUCCCUCCAUCUUCCAUCAAGGGAUUUCUAUGGUGG